AUGACCGAACCGACCUCCGACGACGAGCUUCGAGAUGACGAGCCCACGUCUGCCCCUCCAGACCAGUCCCCGGACAGUAUCCUUCCGCGAGACCGUCAGAAGAGAACACACAGCUACAAUUAUGCCUACGAGAAGUCGAUGAGCCAGACUGAGGCAAAGCUUUUCUAUCAGAGACAUCGGGCAUCACUGGGCCAGGAUGGAGACCCAAGUCACAGCCCCAACUUGUCCCACCUUCCUUCAUCUCAACGGCCUGACGAUACUGCGAGUGUCGCCUCCUUCAGAAGCAGCCAGGGCAUCCCUUCAUCUUUGAAUCUGUACGAUAUGGGAAACAGCGUGCGAGAUACAGCGAAUGCUCCUCCAUUUGGGAAAAUACACGAAGCAAGCCUGUUGGCAGUUGAGCAGUCGGCUCGGAACCACGCUAUCCCCGCUGGGUUCUUGCAUGGGUACAAACCACAUAUCCCCGUCUUUCAAGGCGCCUUAGGGGCCGGAAUAGGAGUCGCCCACGGAGCGGAUGGCCUCUCCUCAGGGAAUGAUGCUAUCACGGCCGAAUUGGAGAUUGUAUGCCAUAAGAUUCACAAUUUGUUGGAGCGCAGAAAUAAGUACAUGCAGCUUUCUCUGCAGAUGCCGGGUUGCAAUCCUAACGAUACUCCUGAUUGGCGUAUCUACCCACCUCCUCCAGAGCCGGCCUGGGAUAACGAAGCAUCUAGUACUAAUUUGAUGGGCCAAGAGCAAGCAGCGGAGUCGACAUCCCGUAAGAGACGCAAGAUGGGACAGGAUAUUGGAGAAGACUUCCACAUGGAUGAGCUCAUGCCCCUGCCUGGACAAUCGCAGUUAACAUUUCGGUUGGAUUCCUCCAGUGUCUACCAAGUCUAUGAGAGUUCCGAGUCAAAGGAUCCAUUAGUUCGCCUUCCAUCUCUGAGAGAUUUCUAUGUGGAUCUAGAUGCUAUCACUGACGUAUCUACCGACGGGCCAGUGAAGUCAUUCGCGUUUAGACGGUUGUCGUACCUCGAGGGGAAAUUCCAGCUUCAUACUUUGCUAAAUGAGUAUCAAGAACUGGCAGACAGUAAAAAGGUGCCGCACAGAGAUUUCUAUAACGUUAGAAAGGUGGACACCCACGUGCAUCAUUCAGCUUGUAUGAACCAGAAGCACCUUCUGAGAUUCAUCAAAAGCAAAAUGAAGAAAUCGCCGGACGAGGUUGUUCUUUUCAGAGACGGAAAACACUUGACUUUGAAAGAAGUAUUUGAAAGUAUCAAUCUGACUGCUUAUGAUCUCAGUAUUGACACGCUUGAUAUGCACGCCCACAAAGAUUCCUUCCACCGCUUUGACAAGUUCAACUUGAAAUACAACCCUGUGGGGGAGUCCCGUCUUCGUGAAAUCUUCCUCAAGACAGACAAUUAUAUCAAGGGUCGAUAUCUUGCUGAGAUCACGAAGGAGGUUAUUUCCGAUUUAGAAUCGAGUAAAUACCAGAUGGUCGAAUGGCGAAUCUCAAUAUAUGGAAGGUCAAUGGAGGAGUGGGACAAACUGGCUGCAUGGGUUAUCGACAACAAGUUAUUCUCACCGAAUGUUCGCUGGCUCAUUCAAGUUCCUCGCCUUUAUGACGUAUACAAAUCUAGCGGCAUGAUGCAGAAUUUCGAGGAGGUUAUCCAGAAUGUUUUUCAGCCACUGUUUGAAGUGACGCAGGAUCCCUCUAGUCAUCCGAAACUACAUAUUUUCCUCCAACGUGUGAUCGGAUUUGACAGUGUUGAUGACGAAAGCAAGGCAGAACGUCGGAUUUAUAGAAAGUACCCGAUACCCAGAGACUGGAAUACAACCCAGAACCCUCCUUACAGUUACUGGAUCUAUUUCAUGUUCGCAAACAUAUCGUCACUCAAUAUCUGGAGGCAGCAGCGUGGCUUCAAUACAUUUGUCUUACGGCCUCAUUGUGGCGAGGCAGGAGACCCAGAUCAUCUUGCUGCUGGUUUUCUGGCUUGUCACAGUAUUAGCCACGGAAUACACCUCAAGAAGGUCCCCUUGUUGCAAUACCUCUAUUACGUCGAUCAAGUAGGCAUUGCUAUGUCGCCUUUGAGCAACAAUGCCUUGUUUUUGACAUACGACAAGAACCCGUUCGCAAGCUUCUUUAGAAAAGGCUUGAACGUUUCUCUUUCAACAGAUGAUCCCCUCCAAUUCGCUUUUACCAAAGAGCCUCUUAUGGAAGAAUACGCCGUUGCAGCACAGAUAUACAAGCUUAGUGCCGUGGACAUGUGCGAAUUGGCUAGAAACUCCGUCCUCCAGAGCGGCUUCGAGCUAGCUUUAAAACAAAGAUGGCUCGGUUCUCAGUGCUACUUGCCUGGUGUUUCCGGAAAUAACGUAGGCAAGAGCAAUGUACCCGAUCUCAGGGAGGCAUUCAGACACGAAACCCACCUCGGUGAACUAGCUUUGUAA